CUCUCUAACACGCACACAGAAAUUUGAAAUUUGAAAUUUGAGCGCCAAAGAUGGAGGAGAUGGACGAAACCGAAGCCGUACCUCAGGUUUACAUGGCAUGCAUUCAACAUGGUCAUCGAGUUGGAAUUUCCUAUUAUGAUUCCAGUAUUCGCCAACUUCAUGUGCUGGAAGUUUGGGAAGAUGGUAGCAAAGAUUUUCCCUUGGUUGAUCUGGUAAAAUAUCAAGCUAAGCCCGUGAUCAUUUACACGAGCACUAAAAGUGAAGAUUCCUUUUUGUGUGCUUUACAACGUAGUGAUGGAACAACUGAGGCUCCUACUGUGAAGCUUGUGAAAAGUUCAAUCUUCAGUUAUGAGCAAGCAUGGCACAGAUUGAUAUACCUUCGAGUAACAGGAAUGGAUGAUGGAUUAAACAUUAAGGAGAGGGUUUGUUAUUUGAGUUCUAUGAUGGACAUGGGAAGUGAUAUUCAAGUUCGUGCAAGUGGGGGUCUCCUUGCCAUAUUAGAAAAUGAAAGGAUUGUAGAUACCCUUGAAGAAAAGGAAUGUGGGAAUGCAUCAAUCACAGUGGAUUCUGUGGUAGAAAUUUCAUUAAACAAGUUUCUUAAACUUGAUGCAGCAUCUCAUGAGUCAUUGCAGAUUUUCCAAAUAGACAAACAUCCUAGCCAUAUGGGCAUAGGUCGAGCAAAAGAAGGGUUCUCUGUCUUUGGCAUGAUGAAUAAGGUUUGUAAAAGUUAUUUAGUCUUUAAUUUUGUGUUAUCUUUGCAUAUUGUACUGAUUGUUUCGCCUGUAAUUCAGUGUGUAACUCCAAUGGGUAGACGUCUCUUGAGAAGCUGGUUUCUGAGGCCUAUACUGGACCUUGAAAAUUUAAACAGGCGUCUCAAUGCUAUAUCAUUCUUUCUUUGCUCUGAAGAUCUGAUGGCUUCUUUACGUGAAACUCUGAAGUCUGUAAAGGAUGUUCCUCACAUACUCAAGAAAUUCAACGCUCCAAGCUCUGUAUGCUCCUGUAGUGACUGGAUAGCUUUUCUAAAGAGUGUUUGCUCACUCUUGCAUGUGAACAAGAUCUUUGGAGUAGGGAUUUCUGAAAGUCUAAGAGAACAUGUGAAGCAAUUGAACUUGGACAUUGUUGAGGAGGCUACUUCAUGCAUUACAACAGAGCUGGCUUAUGUCUAUGAAUUGGUAAUUGGUGUUCUUGAUGUCAAUAGAAGUAAAGAGAAGGGAUAUGAGACGAUAGUGAAAGAGGGUUUCUGUGAUGAGUUGGAUGAGUUGAGGCAAAUAUACGAAGAAUUACCAGAGUUUCUGGAACAGGUGUCAUCAUUUGAACUUGCACAACUUCCUCAUAUAGCUAAAGACAAGCUUGUUCCUUGUAUUGUUUAUAUACAACAAAUAGGAUACUUGCUGUGCUUUUUUGAAGAAAAACUUGAUGAAAUCACACUAGAGAAACUUCAAGAUUUUGAAUUUGCAUUCUCUGAUGUGGAUGGAGAGAAAAACAGAUUCUUUUAUCGUACCCCAAAGACACGAGAAUUGGAUGAUCUUCUUGGAGAUAUCUAUCAUAAAAUCCUAGAUAUGGAGAGGGUAAUUACUAGAGAUUUGGUGACACAUGUACUUCUAUUCUCAACCCAUUUGCUUAAGGCUGUCAAUUUUGCAGCUGAACUUGAUAGCUUUUUGUCAUUGGCUCUUGUUGCUCAUCAGAACAAUUAUGUUAGGCCUACUUUAACUACAGAAAAUUUGCUUGAUAUACAAAAUGGAAGACAUGUUCUGCAGGAAAUGACAGUAGACACAUUUAUUCCCAAUGAUACAAAGAUUCUUGAUGAUGGAAGAAUUCAUAUCAUCACUGGACCUAAUUAUUCAGGGAAAAGUAUCUAUAUAAAGCAGGUAGCUUUAAUUGUUUUCCUUUCCCACAUCGGAAGUUUUGUCCCAGCAGAUGCUGCAACUGUGGGUUUGACUGAUAGGAUAUUCUGCGCAAUGGGAAGCAAGCUUUUGGCUGCUGAGCAGUCAACAUUUAUGAUUGAUCUACAUCAAGUAGGGAUGAUGCUAAGGCAUGCAACUUCACGAUCUUUGUGUCUAUUGGAUGAAUUUGGUAAAGGUACUCUUACAGAAGAUGGCAUUGGCCUACUUGGAGGAACCAUAAAUCACUUUGUCACAUGUGAUGACCCCCCAAAGGUUCUGGUGUGCACUCAUUUGACUGAAUUACUUGAUAAGAGUUGCCUACCAAAGUCAGAGAUGCUCAACUUUUACACCAUGAGUGUGCUGAGGCCUGACAACAAUUCUACAGAUAUUGAAGAUAUCGUAUUUUUAUAUCGGCUUGUUCCUGGACAUGCACUUCUUAGCUAUGGGCUGCAUUGUGCGCUGCUUGCUGGUGUCCUUGAGGAAGUUAUUCAGAGAGCAGCAUUUGUGUUGGAUGCUCUUGGAAAUGAUAAACAUGUUGAGCGAUUGUGCAAUGAGAAUAUAUCAAGCCAAGAUCAGCAAUACAAGGAUGCAGUGGACAAGAUGCUGGCGUUUGAUGUUUACAAGGGGGACCUCGACCUUUUCUUUCAGGAUAUAUUUCCAUCUUAGUCAAAGACAUUGAAGGUAUCACAUUCUAUGGAUACUUGUACCUGGGCUUGAUAUUCUCCAGAAAAUUCAGAUUGCAAAUUAUCAGAGUAAAGAAAAUAAAUAAGAGGAACAGAGGAUAUGCAUAAUGCAUGCCAUUGCCCCUACUAUUGCAUAAUGUGUAAAUUUUUUAUUUUGGCUAUAGUUGUAUCCUUGAAAUAUGUAUCAAAAAACCUAAGCCCUCAAUUUUUUUUUUUUUUUCCAGAUUUCUUUUUUCUACUAGGCUACGUAAUAAGUUGUAGCUUUCUUGCAGCCAAAUGGCUUCAACACCUGAUGAAUUCUGUAUUGCUCUUUGAUAAUUUAGGCCCCUGUGAGAAUCUCACACUUCUGCAUCAUGAAUGUAGCAUUAUGUAGGGGCUUUCCGGGUUGCUGAGCCUAAACUGCAAUUAGCUGUUUCACAUUCAUGGGGAAUGUGUAUUGUGAAGAACCAU